GGGUCGCGCUGUGCCGCGGAGCCAUGCCGUUCCUGGAGCUGGAAACCAACCUCCCGGCCGGGCGGCUACCGCCGGGGCUGGCCCAGGACCUGUGCACCGCCGCCGCGGACAUCUUGGGGAAACCGGCGGAGCGGGUGAACGUGACGGUGCGGAGCGGGCUGCCCAUGGUGCUGUCGGGCUCGGGAGAGCCCUGCGCCCAGCUGGCCGUGUCCUCCAUCGGCGUGGUGGGCUCGGCGGAGCAGAACCAGCGGCACAGCGCCCGCUUCUUCGACUUCCUGACGGCGCAGCUGGGCCUCGGCACCGAGCGGAUUGUCAUCCGCUUCUACCCACUGGAGCCCUGGCAGAUCGGCAAGAACAGAACAGUCAUGACGUUCCUAUGAUCCCUGGAGCAGCCGGUUGGAACAAAGCAAUGAUGAAGAUAACCCAGAGAUGACCAGCUCCAUUUACUUUUUUCCUCUUAUGAUCAAAUCUGUGUAGCUCUGCACCUUCACUUGUAUGAUUCACUUUUGUCUUUGCAUCACAUGCGUACGAAGUUCAAGUGGGGCAAUCUUCUGUACUGAUUUUACUAAAACAGUUCGAGUCUUUGUCUCAA